AAGCGUGAUGUGGAAAGGUUUAAUUUUUCAUCACAAUGUAAAUCAUAAGAGUAUGCUGUAGCACCAAAGGGCACACGACAUUGUCGAAGUAUUCUAUUACAUAUCUACGUAAUUCGAAACGAUGGCUUCGGAUAUGCACAUUGUAUCGACACAUCUUACACCGUUAAAAGACAGAGGACUCGCUACUGCCCUUUUGCGUAUGAGUGAACGAAGAUCAUUGAAAGAUGAAUUUGAUGUGGAAAAAGUUGUCUACUGUGCAGCUGAAGAACCUUUCAAAGGAUGGACGAACGCCGCUCCAUCUGCUAGGUAUUCCGUAGCGAGCAGACCUAGAGAAGUCGGACAAGGAUUGAAAAAGAAGAGAGGAAUUCGAAAGUCAAAAAUUCUUGAAGCGAAAGACAGUCUCACUGACUUAUAUGCCGAAAUUGUGGGAAUGACGACAAGAGCUGAUGGACAUUAUCAUGCAUCUGCAACUAUACAAGAAUUAUAUGAAGAGUACAAGAAGAGACAGGGAAUUGAAGAUCACAUAAAAAUAAAAAGUAUGAUCGAUCCCAUAACUUUUCGAUACAUACCAAGAGAUGAAAGAACAGACGAAAUUUCUGACGAUGGCUCGAUCGCAGAUAUCAAACUUCCCGUACUAAAGAUGACACAUGCAAACAAACAGACAAAAUUGCUAGAAGUUCUUGAAAAUUUUAUGAGCAGAAAAUCAGAUGAAAAUGGCAAACGAAUAGACACUGAACAAUUUUCAGUCAAAGGAAGAGAUGCUGCUUCGUUUUACGAUAAAUACAAGUGGUUUUUUAAAGACAAGCAAGGAGGUUUAUCACGAAACAUAAAGAUAAAACGCCCAGGGAGACAUCGAAAUAAUAAAAGAAGAGUCGUCGAUGGUAAGACCUAUUAUUCUGAAAGUGGAUCUGAGGAAUCGAUGAAGAAAAAUCGUCGUCGAAGAAGGCAUUCGUAUCCGCCAACUUAUGUAAUUAAAGUAAAAGAUGAAAACAGCAAGACAACUGCCGAAGAAACAAUAACCUUUGAAAAGAAAACGGAUUAUGGAUUAAGUGCUCCCGGAGCGCCUGGAAUAGACCGUUGGGUAGCCAGAGUCGUUAUUAGAGAUUCACAAGAUCAAGAUGACGGUGAAUCAUAUACAUCAACAACAGCUUCACAAAUCACAGAAAAUCCCAUACACAAUAAAACAAAUAAACUUCAAAAACGGACCACAAAACAGUUCACCAAGAACACGGAUAGUGCAAAACAGCCAGAUUAUAGACUCCCCAGCAAAAGAGGCAAAAAACGUCCAAAUAAACGUCUUCCAAGAAGUUUUUAUGAUUUGUAUCAUAUAUCAGCUGUGGAAACUGCUAAGGUUUCAAUGAAAUAUAAUGUUUCUGUGGGAAAAAGACAAGGAACACUGCCAGAACUAGAAACCGAACAACAUUCGGAUGAUAUAGUUGCUACAUCAAACAAAGAUAUAAAAAGCAACAACAUUUCAAAAACUUUAAAACCGACUCCCAUUCAUUCUAUGAAACACGUAGAAUCGACGAAUACAUUGAAACUUAAUUCUAGGAAAGUUGUUCCUGUGUCUAAAAAGUCAAACGUCCUCGAUACGAUAUCUGACGAAAACGAAGACGCGCAAUCGCAAGUAAAUUCAAAAAAUAAAUCAGACAUAGCCCUUCCGCCAUUACAAGCAAAACGACCUCCAAUAGUUUCUAAAGACUCAAUCCACAAACCAAAGAAACGAAAAAAAACAGACAGUAAAAAGUCACAAAAAGACGACGAUGGUAUAUUUUCUUUACCAAGAACCCUGGAAUCGUCCGAGGAAAGGCAAAUAAAAACACCGUCUUCUUCCACCUUUAAUCCCGACAGAAUGUUCCAGCAAAUGCGAGAUACUGCCGACUUUAUAACCAAAGCAUCGACGUUAUCCAAGUCCAGCAAGUCCAUUCAGUCAUCGCCCAGGUUUUUGUCAAAAAUUGAAGACGCAAGGACAAGCGAUGUUACUUCCUCCAACACAAAAUACGAAGAAGGAUCAAGAAAACCACUGCAUCCUCGACAUAACAAAAAUAGGGCUCAAGAUAAAUUGCAACAACUUAUCGACGAAGAAAAAUUGUUGGUCAGCCAAGUUAUAAAACAAAUUAACACAAGCUUGCAAGAAGAAAAUUUAAAUUUCCAGAAAACUCCAGUUCCAGAAGUCAUUCAGGAUGCAUUAUCAACUGCGAUUGCUAAAACAAGAUUAGCCGAGAUUCAUGGAACUGCAUUUCCUGGAAAUUCUGGAUCACGGACUCUGAAUAUGCAAAACGUCAUUAAAAGGCGUGUUGUUCCUCCGGUUAAAGGAAAAUCUUCAGUUCCCACAGCCAUGGUCGGAUCUGGAGAAAGUUUUUUCAUCACAGACACUAUAAAACAUGCCGCCAACAAGCCGACAAUUUCCACAUUACGACAGAGUGGACUGAACAAAAAGCCGGAUGGAAAAAAACCUCAGAUAUCAAACGCGGUUCGGUCAUUAUCUAAAGAAAGGAAUGAAUCUUUCAAAAGGAACAAACUUCAGCCUGGGGUUCGAUUUGUUGCCGAGGGCGAUUUGUUACUUGCUAAUCGCCGUGCAUUUGCGCCAGCAGUUCCAGGAAUUUUUGAAGCAUCAAUUUCAUCAAUCAAACCUGCGAGAAGAAUUGCAAACGUUAAUCAACCAUUUGAUAUUCGACAAAGGGCUUGAUGAAACAUAGUAAUAGAUAUAAUCAAAGCAUUGCACAAAAUAUCGGUCUGUUACAUAAAGUCAUAAAGCAUAAUUUAAAAUACAUUAAUAUUAUUUUUGACGUCGCUGAUGCCGAAUCGUGUUGUGAUCCUUAUGUCAUGACCUCAAAAUUAAGUUGAAUAAGAACAAUUUGAGUAAACAAAAUAAUUUUUUGCGACUAUGCCAUUAUAUUUCACCGUUGCUUUUAUUUUGAUUGGCUGUGCAUAUUAAUGACGUAACAGUAAAAAUGACGUAAAAGUGAGAAUACAAUUAUAAUAUAUAUAAUAUAACCGUACGGCCACCCGUCAUUUACCCACAAUUACGGGCCAGUGGUGUCUUGUCCGAAUUGUUUUUUCAAUUGUCGGACUAGGAUUCAUAUUUUCAAACCUUCUGAUAUAUAUAAAAAUUUCGAGUUCUCGGUGUUCUGAAUUUCAUAGCGUAUGCCGUCACAUAGGAUGAGAUUUGCCAAUGCUAUAAUAUGUAACAUUUAAAUUCCAUAAACACAUAGUCUAAAAGGAGAAGAAGCCAGUUAAAAUGGAAAUAGUGUAGUAAAAUAUAUACAAGAUAUAGCCAACACAUUUUGUUUAUUUCAUUUGCAGAUAAGUUGAUUGAAGUUUUUUUCAAACUAUCAUGGCUCGUGUUAUCCAACAUUAUAAAAAGUCAAUGCUAGGCAUUAGGCAAUAAUAUUAUUUUAAAUAUAUUAUACAAGAAUCAGCAAUUAACAUAAAUUCUUUAACAUUCCUCAGUUUCAGCGCGAUGACAACACAAGCACGUCGUUUAACGGUGUUUAUAUUACAAGAACAUAUCUAAUCCGAAUGAAUGCUAUUUAUAUAUCAUUUAAUAUAUUUAUUCCUACAUAAGCGUAUUUAGAAGUAUUUUUUGAAAUGUUACGUUUUAUGGCUAUUACAGAUUGGAAGUUCACUCAGCGAUUCGUGAAUAUGGCCUAAUGAGUGUCAUGUAAAAUCGUUGUAACUUUGACAAAUCCCAUAACUAUUUUACGCGCAAACUACGAUAGUAUUAUCUAAUAUUAAAACAACGCCUUCUAAUAGAGACAACGUGACCUCUAAGAUAAGCUUAACUAUCACGUUACUGUUCAACUAAAACAGCAAUUAUUAACAAUAGGUUCGAGGAGUUUCUCUUGUCAGAUGCAUGAAUGUAAUAAAUAAACUGGUAAUUAAAGAUUAUUACAUAA